GGGAUUACGCACCGGGUCAAUUGGGUUCUUUUCUCUCUGUGGAAGUGUGUGAAUCGAACCGGGGCUUCCUUUUGGGUUUCUACUGUUCAUUUUGGGACGACGGUCGGGUUGACGCUCUGUGAUAGUGGCUCUCCCACGCGCUCUAACGCAAAAUUCAUAGUGGUUUCGUCCAACUCACUCGGCGGCCGAGAGAGAGAGAGAGAGAGAGAGAGGCCAUGGCGAUGGUAAUGGCGUGGAGGCGAAUGUUAUCCAAUCGGGGAGCAAUUCCAAUUUCUACUCCACCAGAUUUCAUGCCAAGCUUCGCGAGAUUUUUCUCAAAACCCUCUCCUUACGUAGUGAAGGUUGGGAUACCGGAGUUUCUGAAAGGAGUGGGUAAAGGGGUGGAAACCCAUGUUCCGAAGCUAGAAGCAGAUAUUGGCGACUUUCAGAAGCUGCUUGUCACCCGCACCCUCAGGCUGAAGAAGCUUGGCAUCCCUUGCAAACAUAGAAAAUUAAUACUGAAAUACACUCAUAAGUACAGGCUGGGAUUGUGGAGGCCUCGAGCAGAUAUGGUGAAAUCUCAAUAACUUGUGGAAUGAGAUUUCCCUUUAGGACCCAAAAAGUAAAAUAGUCAGGUAUCCUAUGUGGAUUUGUGGGGGCAGUUUGAAGAGUUUUGGAUUGCUGAUGUAUGCAAUAUUUCUUUAUCCUUUCCAUAUCUGAGGGGUCUAGAUUUAGUGUUUUGGAAAUAAGAAUGUAGUUCAUGAAUUUAGACUUUAAUGAAGUAGACUGACCUACAUGUGUAAUUCGUAGUAGAAAAGUGGGUCUUGGGUGAAGAAUUCAGUGCAUUUUUGUUGUUAAGCCCGCUGCCCUUGUGAUAAAAACCUCAAAUUAGCCUCA